UCAUAAAAGAAAAUAUUUACAAGCUCGAUAUCAUAUAUCUUUUGUUAGAGAUUAAACGUUAUAAUUACUAUUAUCUUCGAUAUUUAUACCAUAAGGAUUAAUUAAAAGAGUUAAAAUAAUGGACACUCAGAAAAAUAUCAUUGGAAACGAUAGAGAAGCAGAUGAUUCAAAAAAAGCGAUAGAAUCAACAGUUAUAAAGUUGUUACGUACACAAGAAUAUACUUUGAAUGCUGUUAAUAAUUAUGGUGAAAAUUUAUUACACAUUAGUGCAGCAUAUGGGUGUUCUGAUAUCAUUAAAGAAAUUUUACAGAAAAAAGAACAUCAUCAAGUUAUUAAUAGAAAAAAUAAAUUUGGUUGGACACCUUUGAUGCAAGCUAUUCGAAAUAGAAAUAUUGAUACUGUUAAAUUACUUUUACAACAAAAAUCAAAUGUAAAUGAUACAACUUAUCUUGGAAUGUCAGUAGUUGGUAUAGCUUGUGCAAUAAGUAAAGAAAUGUUGCAAAUGAUAUAUGAAAUUUGUCCGUCUACAUUAAUAAAUGCAGUGAAUGAUGACAUUAGUCCACUAUGUAUAGCUGCAUUGAAAAAUGAUAAAGAUUUGUUUUUUUCUUUGAUUGAUAUGGGUCUAGAUGUUUCUAAAGCCAGUAAGAUAUAUUUAUUUUUUUUAUACAAUCUAUAUUUUAUAUACUAAUUAACAAAA